AUGGAGAAUCUUAGUAAUGAAGAAGUGAGUAAUGAUAAAGAAGUCGAAGAUCUGGCAGCAGUUGAGGCAGAUGUUGUACCUGUAAGUGGAGAGAAAAAUAAAGAAGGUAGUUCGAAAGGGAAACGUAGAGCUAAACAUAAAUGUCCUUAUUCAUCUUGUUCUGCAAACGUAGUGCAUCUUCCUCGUCACAUGAGGCAGAAACAUAAGUGGGAUGAAAAAGAUUCUGUUGGCGUUCUCGGUAUGUUUGGUUUGCGUGGAGAGAGGAAAAAGACAUCCAAUAAACGAAAGCGUAUAUUUAAGGAAAAGAUGUGCCCUGUCCUUGAUUGUCGAGCUGUGGUGAAACGACUACAUAACCACCUUACGGAUUUUCAUAAUAUGAAACGCAAAAGUAGUGUGUACAAGAAAUGUUUAGCUGAAGCGGUUGUGCAUAGUGGACAGGCUAUUUUAUCGUGUGAAUCUACGCCUGAUACUAGCUCAUCCGAAGAAGUAGUUGUGUGUAGGAAAAAACAAGGAAAAGUUAAAAAACAUAAAAAACAUGAAAGUAUCUUUAAAAACGUCUACACCAGUGAUGAAGAGAGCGAGUCGGAAGAAUUUGUUCCACCAUAUCCUAAAAUCUUUCAAGAGGAGAAGAUUGAAGUAAAUAUAUCCUCAAAUUUAUCCACAGAUGAAGAUUCCACAGAUGAAGAUUCUACAUGUGAAGAUUCCACAGGCGAAUUCGAUGAGCUGUUUGACAACGGUCUUGAAAGCGAUAUGGAAGUUGAUGACAAUGGUCCAGAUGAUAUUGAAACUCCACCAUCCCAGCAAGACCUUUUCAAAAAAUUUGAAGAGUGGCUUCAAGGACCAGAUGGUGGAAGGAAGGAAGAACGGGUUGCGCAUCAGUGCUCGCGCCAGAUUGAAAUGGUUGUUGAGUAUAUCGACAAAGAAAAUCGAGACCUCACAAACAUACUUCACAAGCGGACCCUAAGAGACAAAUGGCUGACUGAAUUUGAGAAGGAGAAACGGCCAGGGACAGUGAAAUCCUACCUUGCUUCAUUAAACCACUUUUACAUUUUCUUAAAAUGUGAGAAUCCUCCACAGAUUGAUGCAACUGAAGAAAUGUUAAGUCGUUUGUCUGCUCAAGUGAAGCUAUGGAACAAGUCUUUUCAAAGACUUGUCAAAGAUCGGUUCUGGGAAAAACGACUGGAGGACAUAAACAAUUUAAAAACGCCUGAACAAGUCAAGGGAUUCGAUGUUUCGAGCGUAGCAAGAUCAGCAGUCAAAGUCAUCGGUGACUACCAGGAUUUGACAUCUGUUGCAGUGCCUAGCCAAGUUGAAUACACAUUGGUGAGGGACUAUCUUCUCACCUUGCUAUGUAUCAAUAAUGGCAGUCGAGCAGGUGUUCUAGCCAACAUGACACUUGGCGAGUUUCGUAAGGCUCAGGAAGAAGAUGGUUCUUUUGUCAUCAAGAUAAGAAAACACAAGACCUUUACCACACACGGCCACGCAAAUAUUGUCUUGUCGCCAUCACUGCAUCAAUGGAUGAACAUUUUCGUUUCGAAAUUCAGAAAUUCACUUGAAAAUGCACCUACCCAAGAUACAGCAGAAGUUUUUCUCACCUUGAACAGUCAGCCAAUGAAACCAUCUGCAGUUGGUUCUCAGAUAGGUAGCUGCUGGGCAAAGGUGUUUGGGAAAGAAGCUGGAACUGGUGGUGCCACAGCUUUCCGAAAGGCUGCUGUUUCAGCUGUACACCAAAGUGAUGUGGGACAAAGAGAGAACUUGGCUAGCUUGAUGGACCACAAGAAGUCAACAGCAGACAAGUUUUAUUUGCUUCAAACCAAAACUACAUCUGCAGUUCAAACCUCAAAGUAUCUGAGCAAAUUGAUGCAUGCCGACGGGUCCUCAAAGGCAGAUGAAUCUGGAAAUGCUCCCUUAACUUCAAAAAUAGUUGACUGUGGCAAGAAAUCCAAGGAGAUCCAAGAUAAAUCUACAUCCAAGGAAAGCGAGUGUGCAUCAAAAAGACGCAAGUGGGCCUGGGAAGAAAACGUCGCAGUAAAGACUGCCUUUGCCACCAAUAUCGAAAAUAAAAAGAUCACAAUGGAAGAUGUGAGAGUUAUUGCCAGCAACCAUCCAAUCCUCAACCAUAUUUCUCCAAGUAAAAUCCGUGACAAAGUCCGAUCUUUGUUUAGUGAAGACGAGUCAGCGAUCCCGUUAAACGAACUUCCCAGCGAGACUCCGCAGCAACGUCUUACCAGAAUUGGAAUAAGGAAUACGGAAGCAGUCCAAACAGCGGAAAGAAAAAGCGUUGAUGCAGAUGUUGAUGGAGAUGUUGAUGAUGGCAGCGGUAGUCAAUAUUCGCCAAGUGUGGUAGUAUCUACUAAUGUGUCCAAAAGAAGUGGCUCGAAGUUGUUUACUGAUGAACAAAACGAGUGCUUUAAAAACACUUUUAAAAGUUUGGUAGAGACCAAUCAAUCGAUCUCACAGAAAUAUGUGCGGCAAAAGAUGGAAGCAGAACCAAUAUUAUGUCCCCUAUUGAAGAAGUAUACUUUGGUCCAACUGUCUGACAAAGUUAGAACUGAACGAAGAAUUCACAAACGCAAUUCUCGGUAA